AUGCUUCUAAUGGACUUUGGCAAAAACCAAGUCAAUCUCUGCCUUAUAAGAUGUGAAACCUUCAAUGAAGUAAUGCCAUUUAGUCUAGCUGCAUUUGAGACAGCGAAAGGUUUGAUUAAAAUGGCCCAGAUUAAGCCUUUGCCUGAUGAUUUGCAGGAAAUUGCCAUACGAGAAUUGGGCGAGGUAACUUCGAGAAUACCUGAAGAUUUGGAAGAUCUUAAAUCUUGGAUAGAACAACAGCCACAUUUGAAAGCUUGCACCGAUGAUCAGUUUCUUGUACAGUUUUUGAGGGGUUCCAAAUACAGUUUGGAAAAGGCGAAAAGAAAAAUUGAUCAGUUUUAUACACUAAGGACAAAAUAUCCAGAAUUCCUAUUAACAUGUGAUGUGGAUGAGCCAAUAUUUCGAAAAAUUCAUAACACAAGUUCCGGUGUGGUUCUUCCCACCCCUCUAAAUGGCAAUGGUCCUCGCAUUGUGUAUUUGCGUCCGAAUUUUGCUCCUGACGAUUUUACUGCCACCAGCAUAUGCCAAUAUAUGUUCACUUUGGUGGAGACAUUGUUGCUGAGUGAUUCUUAUGCCUGUGUGCAUGGCUUCAUAUUUCUAAUAGAUAACACCCUGACAUUGGUUAGCCAUUUUACUACCUUGGUCACUCCAAAUCUUGUGAGCAAAAUUUUCUCCUUCAUGGAAAAGGCCUUUCCUAUACGAAUUAAGGGAAUUUAUUUUUUCAACAUUUCUCCGGUUGUGGAAAAAUUAGCCAAAUUGCUAUUGCCAUAUAUACCGGAGAAAAUAAGGAAUCGUGUUCACUUUUGUGGCAACAAUUUGGAGGAUCUACGUGAUUAUGUGCCCAAGAAAUAUUUUCCCCAAGAUUGUGGAGGUGGAAAUGGCUCCGUGGAUGAUUUAGUUCGCGAUUAUAACAAAGUCUGGGAUGAAUAUCGGGAAUACUUUCGACGAAACUCAGAGUUUGGCACCGAUGAAAGUCUACGUUGUGGCGAAUCCUAUCAAAUUGUUGAUGAGUUUGGAGUAGGGGGUUCCUUUAGGAAGCUCAAUGUUGAUUGA